AUGGACUUUGAGGAAGAUUUGAGGGAGUCACAGGCUAAAUUGACUCAGAUUCGGCAACGUCGGCGAGGAGAACGGACUGAAGCCGACCUAAACAAUCUGGCCAGUCUACCUGGCUUGAUUAUUUAUCUUGAAGAGGAGAUCGAGGAGGUUGUGAUUGACCUUGGUAGUGAAAGAUUUCGAAAUCUACCUGAAGCUUCGGAUGAUAAAGGCAAGUCUCUAAUCCGAAUUCGUGUUGCCAAACAAAACCUCUACGAAGCCAAAGUUGGAGUAAUCGAGCACAAACGACGGUGGGAUGAACGUGGGCAGGGUACUAAAAUUCAGGAUCGUAUGAAGACUAUUAUGACGAACAAACAGGCAUUGUUAAAAAAGAAAUGGCAAACUUACCACGACAUGACAAUCAAGUUUAACGAAACAUAUCCAAGUCCGAACCCCCUAGAACUUAAAUCCUUCGAUGAUGUCAAAGGUUUGGAUAUCAGUGAUGAUUUUUGGAACUUUGGCGAGCUGCAACAUCCACAAGAGAGGUGGGCAGUCGAUCAACCUACUCAAGUGGGAAUCAGAGCGUUCCUUGCAAUACGAAGCUGUGAUGAGGAGCUGCGACGUAUUGCAAAAGAAGUUACAUCUCUUGUCAGAAAAAGCUUGGGACCCAACAGCAACGUCAUUGCAAUUGGAUUUGGUGGUGCCGAUCAUUGCACCAUUCAAUCAGUUUUAAUCUUACUCGAACCUGGUUGGAAUGGAAUCAUGAUCUACCAGAGGUACUGCAAAAAACUUCCAUUUACUCGGAUUUGGGCAACAAGUACGACGAGGGACUUGCUCUCAGCUGGAGGGGUCUAA